ACAUUGCUACGAGAAGGCAUUCAAGAAAUGGCGACAACCAUGGAGAUAGACGAUGACGAGUGUGAUCUGCCGACCUCCAGCAGCGGAAAAGGCGAAAAGAAGCGUUUUGAAGUGAAAAAGUGGAACGCAGUGGCAUUAUGGGCCUGGGAUAUUGUUGUGGAUAAUUGCGCUAUUUGCCGUAAUCACAUUAUGGAUCUGUGUAUCGAAUGUCAAGCAAACCAGGCCUCUGCGACUAGUGAGGAGUGCACGGUAGCCUGGGGUGUAUGUAAUCACGCCUUUCAUUUUCACUGUAUUUCACGUUGGCUAAAAACACGACAGGUCUGUCCACUUGAUAAUCGCGAAUGGGAGUUUCAGAAAUAUGGUCAUUAAUCGGAUGUAUUCACUACAUACAAGUCAGAUUUUUCUUUGUUAUUCAGCCAUUGAUACUCGAGACAUUUAAAACUGAAAAAUUAUUUUUCCAUAUGGAAAAUAGAAUCUUUACAGAAAAAUGACAAAUGUAUAAAUGAAGAGGAAAGUGUAUGGCAAGAGUAUAAUCGAAUAUAUCAUUUUUUAUGUUAAUAGCAGACUAAAUUUCAGGCACUGGUUGUAAGGCUAAUUCAGAUCAUAAUAAUCGUUAAAUUAUAUUAAAUAUAUAAUUCAUAGAUUGUAAGUCUCUUAUCUAAUAAAUAAUGAUUAUGGCACGCUUCUGAUGAUUUAUCAA